UUGGCAUUUCAUGAUUUCUCAUUUCUUCCCGAAACCUCCACUCUCACACGACUCCCUCAUUCUUCUUCCUGCUAUACAUAUACAUUCCCAUUAUAUAUAUAUAUAUACAUAACAAACACACACAAAGAGUAAUUUCCAUGGCUGAACAGAAACAAUUUCACUCUCCGUUACUUCAACACGCACAUUCAUCAUCAUCGUCAUCUGAUGAAGAAUCACACACCACUCACAGAACUGGGACGAUAUGGACUGCUAUAGCGCAUAUAAUAACAGGAGUGAUGGGAGCAGGAGUUUUGUCUCUUGGAUGGAGUUUAGCACAGCUCGGAUGGAUGUUUGGACCUCCUGCGAUAGUAAUUUUUGCUUUGGUUACUGCAGUUUCGACGUCUAUAUUGUCAGAUUGUUAUCGGUCUCCUCAUUCUGAGCAUGGGCCAGAUACGAAUGCUUCUUUUUUUCAAGCGGUUAGCUAUUAUUUAGGGGAGAAAAGCCAGAGGAUUUGUGCAGUGUUAUUGAAUGAGAGUUUAUAUGGUAAUACUGUUGCUUACACUAUUGCAACUGCUACCAGCAUGAGGGCGAUACUGAAAUCGAAUUGUUAUCAUGACAAAGGGCAUGAUGCAGAUUGUAAGUAUCCAGACAGCCUCUAUAUGAUGCUGUUUGGACUUGUGCAGAUUUUCAUGUCUCAAAUACCAAAUUUCCAUGACAUGGCAUGGUUGUCCAUUGUUGCUGCUAUCAUGUCAUUUGCUUACUCUACCAUUGGUCUGGGGCUUGGUCUUGCCAAUGUUAUCGUAAAUGGGGAGAUUAAGGGGAGCAUUGGAGGAGCACCAGCAGCUUCUGCAGCUGAUAAAGUGUGGCUAGUUUUUCAGGGUCUCGGAGACAUAGCUUUUGCUUAUCCAUACUCAAUAAUUCUCCUAGAAAUUCAGGAUACAUUGAAACCACCAUCUGUAACCAAAACCAUGAAGGAAGCUUCAAGGUCUGCAAUAGUUAUUACCACCGUCUUCUAUCUAUUGUGUGGGUGUUUUGGUUAUGCAGCUUUCGGUAACAACACACCUGGAAAUCUCCUGACUGGAUUCGGGUUCUAUGAGCCCUAUUGGCUUGUUGACUUAGCCAAUGCCUGCGUCAUUCUUCAUCUUGUUGGAGGAUAUCAGGUCUUCAGCCAGCCGAUAUUUACAAGUAUUGAGACAUGGUUUUCUGACAGAUACCCAGACAGUCAUUUUGUGAACGGGUCUUACAGUUUGAAGGUACCAUUAUUGAUAACAUUUCAAUUGAAUCUCUUCAGGCUAUGUUACAGAACACUAUAUGUUGUGUCCACCACUGGUAUCGCGAUGCUGUUCCCAUAUUUCAACCAAGUUUUGGGAGUGUUAGGGGCUUUAAACUUCUGGCCACUAGUCGUGUAUUUCCCAGUGGAGAUGUACUUUGUCCAAAAGAAGAUCGCACCUUGGACAAAAAGAUGGGUUGCUCUUAGAACCUUUAGCUUUGGUUGCUUUCUUGUAUCUGCCGUGGGAUUCAUUGGAUCCCUUGAAGGACUUGUAACUGCGAAGUUGAGCUAAAUCGAUAUUCCAAUUUUUCAUAUACAAGAUAUACAAAUAGCAUUUCCGUAGCACUGGAAUUGUGUUAUUCCAGAUCAAUAGAUCAUAUUAUGUAAUUUCAGAAUCGGAUUUCAAGCGAACUAGUUGAAGGCAGUUGUCAUUGGCGUAAAUCAUUUCAUCCUUGUUUUCAAAUAUAUAUUGUUCAAUGUUUGUUUCAUCUGCGUAAUUUGUAAAUGAAUGUAUCUUUCAUUAAAAUUUGUAAAUGAAUGAAUGUUACAUUUAACCACAUGUAGAACUUUUUUACGCAACUUGAAUAAUAUCAAUCGUUAAUCAUUUUAA